AAGAUGCGAAAGUGUGAAUAACAAGUCUUUGACUUGUAAUUAUGCUUCAUUGUUUUCUUGUUUGUUAGGUAUUUCGGUCAACUCUGUUGUUUUCGCAGCUUAGUAAUUAUCCUCAGCAGUCCUACAUCAAUUAAAUAAACAUUAAAAGCUAUAUAUAUAUAGUGGAAUAUUUUACUAGUUUAUUAUUAUAGUCUUAUACUCCUCACUCUAUUCACACUUACAAAUAUAUAAGCAUCUAUAAAUAUCAACAAUCCAACCGUUAUUUUAAUAACGAAAAUCUACAACAAUGUCUUCCGAGGUUGUUUACAAGAAAAAGACAAGAGUACAAGCCUUGGAUCCCGAAUCAAAGCAUUGGCUGUUAGCGACGAUCACUGAUGUUCAACUUGAAAGUGCGAAAGUUACUUGGAAUGGUUACUCCAAAGAGUACGAUUGCUGGCUAAAUAAAAAAGACAUUCGUAUGCCGGUUAAAAUAAGACCAAUGAUUUCCAGAAAUUUAAUAUCGAAGAAAAACUUUCCAAAUCGAAAACAUCCAAAAGAUCUCCAAUAUGAAGAUGUCAUUUACGACAUGAAAAGAAAUCAGAAAUUUAUUGUUGACACAAACGAUCAAUACGAGGCUAAAAUUACUACAACCACUGGAGAAGCAGUUCUUUACGAAAACCUCAAAGAAUACGAUGGUGAAAUCGUUGCAGUAGCGGAAGAACCUGAUGCAAACAUGCUACAACUAGAUUUUUCAGAUGACACAACCGUUGAAGUAUCAACAGAAGAAAAGUCGUGUUUACCGGCUUUAAAGUCUUUAGACAUUUUGUUUGAACCUGCCUUAAAAAGGUCAUCUUCACUUUCACCAAAGGACCUUCCAACCCUUCAAGAAGAAACAUUUCAGCCUGAAAUCCAUGAAACAACAGAAUGUUUAGAAGAAGGAGAGAGUAUAUCUUCACUGCUGAAGAAAUUAUUUCGAGAAAUAAAAGAAAUUAAGGUCGACAUACGGGAAAUUCGAGAAAGAAUUGACAUAAACGAGGCUACCACUAAUCAAAUAAAUGAUAAAGUAGAACUUGUGGAAACAACUACAAAACACAUUGAGACGCAUUUAAAAAGAAGAAAGGAGAAAAGUAAACUUUCAUCUGAAACAUUUUUUGUUCGUCCAGACAGUACCAGAGCAUUUCAAGUCACCCCCACUGUUAACGCCACUAACAUUACUUCCGAAGAAUUUAACAUGACACCUGAAGUCACAAGUAUCCUGGCCGAUAUCACUAAUGUGACGCCUGAACACGUUAAUGUCGCGCCCGAAGAAAUGCAACCUCCGCAAAUUUCCUACAUGCAUUUACUGGAAAAUCCCAUGACUACUGACCCAACCACAUUUCAGCUUUUUACUGAAAUGAAUGAUCCAGUUAACUCGACGCCACUUCCAAAAAAAAGAAAAAUAAAUUCUUGUGCUUGUUAUAUAAAACAGCAACUGCAAGCGUUGUAUACCGAGGAAGAGCUAGCGGUAGGAAGAAUACAAGGUGGUGUUCGAAAUUACCAAACAGGAGCGUUAAACACUUCUUCCCUCUCUCCGAAUCGUAUGAGUGUUAUAGUGCGUCAAGCAAAAAAACGGUACAGCGAUGAAUUUAUGGAAAUGAAAAAUUUAAAUGAAAUUGUGAACUCAAAAUGCAGACAAGUAAAACGAAAAUUAAUCGCCAAACAAAAAGCCAGAGACAAUGUUUAAUGUUUUUAAAAGUAUUUUAUCGUUGCGUUUUUAGAAAAAUUUGUAUAUAUUUUAACCACUGUUUGUAUAUAUUUUAGCAUAUUUUAGCACAGUUUGUAUAUAUAUUUUUAUUGCAAAAAAAGCAAAAAAACAAUAAAAAAAAUAGCAACUGAAAUUAUUUUUACCUAUUCACCAAUAAAAUUGUGCCGUGACAAGAUAAACAAACAUAAAAAAACAUGCAUGCAACCUGAAAGCAUAUAAUCAGCCUUAUUAUUUGCAACGCGUAACGAAGCCAAAGUUGUUAUUAUUAAAAGGAU